AUGAGUGAGAAAGUUAGAGAGAGAGUGAGUGAGAAGUCGUUUGGAAGUGCUUCUUCAGACAAGAAUAUAUCAGGGCCUGGAGGAGUUUUUUGGGUUGCUUUCGUGGAUAACCUUAGUAGGAAUGUGACUAGAAGCGCGUUAUGGGAUCGUUUUAGUCGUCAGAGCAAAGUGAUUAAGGUGUUCAUUCCGUUAGUGAAUAAGAGAUCAAAUUAUAAGUAUUGUACGUUUGCUUUUGUACAUUUUGCCAGCAGAGAAGACCUGCUUUAUGCUACGGACAGGAUGAACAAUGUUUUAAUUGAUGGAAGGAAGAUUUCGGUAUCGAUUGCGAAGUAUCAAAGGAAGAGUAACCAGAGGAGUUCGGUGCACAAUAGAGUGGUGGGGGUUAGGGGUGAUGGAUCGGAGGAGCAGAAUGGAAGAAGUGCAAAAACUCGAUUUAAAGAUGGGGAGAUAAGAUCGGUAUCCAUAGCUGACGAUGGAGGGAAGAGGAAGGGAAGAGGAAGCAGAUGA